GUCUCCCGGCAUGCCUCCCGGCGGCGUGUUCCUCUGCCUGGAUUCCCCACGUCCCGGAAGGUGGACCUGGGCUCUGCCGGGUCGGUGUUCCGUCCCUGCUUGUCCUGUGCUCUGGUGUGUCGCCCUCCCAACCUCCUGCUCCUGAGACCCGCUCACGUCCCCGGGGACAGCCCCAUGGCGGAGCGCGGGGAACUCGACCUGACCGGCGCCAAGCAGAACACCGGCGUGUGGCUGGUGAAGGUUCCUAAAUAUUUGUCGCAGCAGUGGGCUAAAGCCCCUGGAAAAGGUGAAGUUGGGAAACUGCGGAUUGCCAAGAAUCAAGGAAGAACUGAGGUAUCAUUUACUUUGAAUGAGGAUCUUGCAAAUAUUCAUGAUAUUGGUGGAAAACCGGCUUCAGUUAGUGCGCCUAGAGAACAUCCAUUUGUCUUGCAAAGUGUUGGAGGACAGACAUUAACAGUAUUUACUGAGAGCUCAUCAGAUAAGCUUGCAUUGGAAGGAAUUGUGGUACAAAGAGCUGAAUGCCGACCUGCUGCCAGUGAAAACUACAUGAGAUUAAAGAGGUUGCAGAUAGAAGAAUCGUCCAAACCUGUAAGACUAUCACAACAACUUGACAAAGUUGUGACAACCAAUUACAAGCCUGUUGCUAAUCAUCAAUACAAUAUUGAAUACGAAAGGAAAAAGAAAGAAGAUGGAAAACGAGCUCGAGCUGAUAAACAACACGUUUUGGACAUGCUAUUUUCAGCUUUUGAGAAACAUCAGUACUACACACUUAAGGAUUUGGUGGACAUCACAAAACAGCCUGUGGGCUACCUGAAGGAAAUCUUGAAUGAAAUUGGUGUUCAGAAUAUAAAAGGGAUCUACAAAAACAGAUGGGAGCUAAAGCCAGAGUACAGACAUUACCAAGAAGAAAAGAGUGAUUAAGAAAACUAACCCAACAUGCUAACAGAACAACUCAAGAGUAUUGUAAUCAUAAGCAAACAGCACUGAUACUCAAAUCCUUGAGUACCAUCUGCUAUUGGGAUAAAAUGAUUGGUACUUGAAUUUUUCUCUAGCUAAGUUUUUUAAACCAAUAAUUCUUGUAUGCUGCCUAAAUGUUUUUUGAGGAAAAAGAACUAAUUUAUUUAUAUAUUUAGUUUGUAUUAAGUCAAAUUAUUCAUGAUGAAGCUAGAAAUUAGAUGUUUUCUUUUUAAAACUUCUAAAAUGUAAGUUAGAAAAUGUUUUCUGGUGGUCCGGGAGGUGACGCAGUGAUAAAGCUUUGGACUCUCAAGUAUGAGGUCCAGAGUUCGAUCCCCGACAGCAGUACCAGAGUGAUGUCUGGUUCUUUCUCUCUCCUCCUAUCUUUCUUAUUAAUAAAUAAAUAAAAUAUUAAAAAAGAAAAAUAAAAAAUGUUUUCUGAGUUCUCUUUGUCCUCAUUUUUCUCUCUGAGAAGCUGAGGAAAAGGAUAUUCAGAGUAAAUGGCAUAGCAAGGAAAAAGUAGUCAAUUACAGAAACUCCUAAAAGAAAUAGCCCAGAGUCCCUAAUUUGAGUUGACAAAGAGCAAAGCUAUCAUUUUUAUUGCAGAUGAUCAUGCUUGACAUUUGCAUAUGUUAGUAAAAGGAACUUAGUUAUGUUAAUAUUAAGAUAGCAUUUUUCCAUCAUUAUUUUAUCAUAGUGAUAGUGACAUAUGAAAUGGAAAAUAAAACCAUGGUAAUGGUGAGUUUUGUUUUCUUUUGUUUGUUUGUUUGUUUGCUAGUAAAAGAGUUGGAAAUUAGGUAUUUUUCAAAAAAUGUCUCCCCUGUCCAGCAAAUCUCAAAGUAAUGGAGCCUCUGUAUUAUACUGCACAUGCAGCAGGUGGGUGUUGAAGAUGUUAACAGACUUCAGGAGGGCCAUAGGAGUGAGGCUGAUACUGUAUAUAUGGGGAGAUUGAUGUCAAUUCCUGGGGAAUGGAGGUGUUUCUUUUAGCUCUUUUUAAGUAAUUUCAAAUAAAAACAAUAAAUCUUCAUGGUCAAA